AGUGUGCGCGCGCGGCUUCGCCCGGUUCUGCGUUCCAGCCCUCUCUCUCUCUCUCUCUCUCUCUCUUUUUCUUUCUCUUUCUCGCACCGUAGGGUCGUUCCAGGACACACCGGUCCUCUGAUUCUGGACUCUCCUGAAACGAGGCACAACAAGAGCACUUUUUUUUUUUGGACCUAUUUUAUUCUGCAGGCUUUCUUGGUUCCAUGUGACGGGAUGAUAAAGGGUGAAAGAGCAAAGGAUUUUACCAAAAGACGAUGAGAGAGGUGGCUUUGAACCGCAAAGGGAGCUGAGUCGACGAACACUCGAGUUUGCAGUGAUCACUUCGGGAAAGGUUUCCAAAUGUCCAUUAGUUGGCUCUGGACAGUAAAUGGAUGCUUAGGUGAACCAAAGAUUUUUAUGCAUACACUGAUCAGUGCUCGUAAAUCCUGGCAGGACGGAAGGAGCCAAGCUCUGUCCGGCUAUACUGGUGUGAACUUCAUUGGAGAGGACCCAGAUAUCAGAUAUCGAGGAGUCCGUAAACAGCGUGAGAAUGAUGUUUAGGCCCUGAUCCAGAGCAGUAUGUCAGGGUACAUACCAAGUUACCUGGACAAGGACGAACUUUGUGUAGUGUGUGGAGACAAAGCAACAGGAUACCAUUACCGCUGUAUCACCUGUGAGGGCUGCAAGGGCUUUUUCAGGCGUACGAUCCAGAAGAACCUGAACCCGACCUAUGCAUGUAAAUACGAGGGGAAAUGUGUAAUCGACAAAGUCACACGGAACCAGUGCCAGGAAUGCCGCUUCAAGAAAUGCAUCGCUGUUGGAAUGGCAACCGACUUGGUGCUGGAUGACAGCAAGCGUCUGGCCAAACGGAAGUUGAUUGAGGAGAACCGUGAGCGGCGGAAGCGUGAGGAAAUGCAGAAGAUGGUGUGGGAGAGACCUGAGCCAUCGCAGGAGGAAUGGGAGCUGAUCCGCAUCGUCACUGAGGCCCACAUGGCCACCAACGCCCAGGGCAACCACUGGAAACAGAAGCGCAAAUUCCUGAGUGCAGUGGGGGUGAAGGAAACCAAGGCUGAAGACAUAGGUCAGGGGACGAUCGUCAGCACACCGGAGGGCAGUAAGGUGGACAUCGAAGCCUUCAGUCAGUUUACAAAAAUCAUAACCCCGGCUAUCACCCGAGUGGUGGACUUCGCCAAAAAGCUGCCUAUGUUCUGUGAGCUGCCUUGUGAAGAUCAGAUCAUCCUGCUGAAAGGCUGCUGUAUGGAGAUCAUGUCUCUGCGUGCGGCAGUGCGUUAUGACGCCGAGAGCGAGACGCUCACACUCAACGGCGAGAUGGCAGUGACGCGCGGCCAGCUAAAGAAUGGCGGCCUGGGUGUGGUCUCGGAUGCCAUCUUUGACCUUGGGGUUUCUCUGUCAUCCUUCAACCUAGACGACUCAGAGGUGGCGCUGCUACAAGCUGUCAUUCUGCUCUCUUCAGAUCGUCCAGGACUAACAAGUGUGGACCGGAUUGAGCGCUGCCAGGAGGAGUUCCUGCUGGCCUUCGAGCACUACGUCAACUAUCGCAAACACAAGGUGGCGCACUUCUGGCCCAAGCUGCUGAUGAAGGUGACAGACCUGCGCAUGAUCGGUGCGUGCCACGCCAGCCGCUUCCUGCACAUGAAGGUGGAGUGUCCCACCGAGCUGUUUCCUCCCCUCUUCCUUGAGGUGUUUGAGGACUGACCAAACCCGCCCAUCAUCAUGCGACCCCACAUGCCAGUGGCUCGUAACUACACCCAGCCCUCUUCGGACAUAUUCGCUGAACUCCGUUUUCUCACUACUGAGUGCCGUUGCAUUCCACAGAUUGAAAAGUAGCUCUCGGCCCUCGUUUCUAGACGGACCAUUCCUUUUACGAUGCGGGUACAUGUGAAUAGCAUUUUUUUUCCUCUUCCUCUUUCUCUCUCUCUGUCUUGUACAUUGUUGUUCUCAGUUACUCGAGGUGUAUUUUUGUUGUACAGUUUGGUGAGUGAGUAUAUCUACUCGUCGCUGGCGUUGGCUCAUCACGCACUCGGUUGUGUGGUCUAUGCAUUUGUAUCAUGCAACAUUCCACAUCUAGUAGAAGUCAGAUCUGCGUCCCACUUGGGGAAAGAUAUUAAAAAAAAAACAAGCACACAAGAGGAACCUCUGCUCCUUAAGGUUUUCACACUAUCUAUAUGAACUCGGAUCAAAAAAAACGAUUUGAGAAAAUACAGUAGUUUCAUUCAUUCACAAGUUUACACACACAAAAGUGAGUUCUCAUGCACUGUUCACAAAACAUCAGAACACGUAAAGGAUGUAAUGUAAGAUGUAAGUGUAAUUUCCCACAAAACUGAGACAGAUCAAAGCACCGGAGCUUAUCUAGAUGCCAAAAUCAGCUUUCAUUGAAGAUUGCCACUGUUUAGGUGCCAAAAAAAUUUUGAGGAUUACAACAACGUGUUCCCGAAGACAUGUUUUUCCUGCUCCAUGCCCAUCCAACUUCAACUUCAGAUCCAUCACUCUGCCGGACUGUCUGUGACUGUCUCUUUUACCUCGUAGGAACUCUUAUCCGUUUUAUAUAUUUUAACAAGUUAGACAAAGGUGAUGCCUCCGCUUGGACUUGUUGGUGCUAUGAUAUGAGUUUGUCUAUUUAUACCUCUUUUCAGUCAGCCUCAGAAUUUGGAUGGUUCACACACACACACACACACACACACACACACACACACACACACACACGUACAGCAGUGAGUGGUCAGGCAUGCUUCAUAACACAAUGUGACCUCUGAGGUAUAGGGGAUAUGUCGAGGAGACACUUUCAGUUUGUCUUUUUCUUUGUUUUGUUUUAUGUUCUUUUAUUUCCUACGUGACAUCAUCCUCUGACAUCAUCCUCUGAUGUCAUAUUGUACUGCGAAACAUUUUUCACGUCACAUACCUCUACCGUUCAUUAGGAAAUAAUGAUAACUGGUCAUUUUGUAUAAAAAAAAAAAAAGCAACCGCAACAAUUUGCCUCAAGCUUGAUUUUCUCUGUAAAAAGUGAUGCCUUUCGUAAGCAAUAGAUUUGCUCCAGUGUUUCAGCUUAUUUAUGAUUUUACACACACACACACACACACACACACACACACACACACACACACACACUAGUAUGUGCACACGAAGCACAGACUCAGAGGAAAUGCACAGACAAUCAGUAUGUGAGGUGAGGGACAGAGAGAAAGGUGCAAAAGCUGAAGAUCUCAGCUGGUAUUCAAUGAAUAGUUCAGUCAGAAAUCUUAAUGCUUAUAACAGUGAAUGGACCCAAGUAGCUACCUGUUAGCAUUAUGCACAUGACAUCAUGCUAUUAGGUCACGACCAUUCACCGUUAGCCGUGUUAACGUGAUUGUAUGAACACUUCCAAUAAGGUCAUAUAUUCAACUCUCAUGCUCCACAUAGUACUGUACUGCAUAGUGUGUCGAAAAAGAAUGACAACGCAGGCAGUCUACGAGUUUUGCGCACUGUUUAAGUAUGGUAGUAUGUGGUUUAAGACAGAACCAAAUGUCAUCCCUGGCUGCAGCCCCAUCCGUCUGGAUGUACAGAGAGAGAGAGCGAGAGAGAGAGAUAGAAAAUAUGUCCAUUUACAGAGUUACAGUGAAAAGGUGAAAAUGAAUUAUUUUACAGUAUAAAAGUUGUAUAUUUUUUGCAGAUAUUUUUACAGAUUUGCAUAUAAUGCUAAAUUUCCCCAUUUCACCAACAAUGAUAAAGUUCUAUUCUCAGAAGCCUAGCAAAAUCUCUUACUGUCGAUAAGGUGGUUAAAUGUGUUAGAGUUAUUUGUGAAUUCUUUCCAGUGUUACUUCUCACCAUUCCAAAAUGAACAAGCCAGUUAGCGUCACAAAGCAACUCGUCCUGAACGACUGUGCCAGAAUAGAGGUGUGUAUCGGGACUGGGAUCUCAUGGGGCCCAAAAAAAAUGGCUCAGGGACUCUGAUAUGAAACUUGUAGGAUAAAUAAAGGCCAUGUUCUUUAACAUGGAAGUGUAUUUUUAAUCACAUUUAUCACAUUCAUUCAUCCAUCCAUCCAUCCAUCCAUCUUUCAGUACCUGUUUUAUUCUGGUCAGGGUCGUGGCGGUUAAAGAAAUAUUUAAACUUGUUUAUAUUUUGGGAAACACAACCAGUUUAAAAGAAUCAACCAGGAAGCAAGGGGUAUUGGUCCAAAUUUCUGCAGGAAAACACUGGAUAGAUCAAACAUUCUGCAGGAGCAGGUAGGAUUCGUCAUAAUUUCUGCAGGAGCCAGGGGAUUAGUCAUACUACAGGAGCUGAUGGGAUUAAUCAGAUUUUUUUUUUUGCAGGAACAGGCGCAAUUAGUCAAACUUUCUGGAGGAGCAGGUGGGGCUGGUCAAACUUUUUACAAGAGUCAGUGGGAUUGGUCACACUUUCUUCAGGAGCAGGUGUGCGAUUUGUCAUGAAUUCUACAGGAACCAGGGGAUUAGGUCAUACUGUAGAAGCUUGUGGGAUUAGUCAAACUUUUUGUAGGAACAGGUGAAAUUAGUCGACCUUUCUGCGGGAGCAGGUGGGGCUGGUCAGACUUUCUACGAGAAUGAGUGGGAUUGGUCAAACUUUGCAGGAACGGGUGCGAUUUGUCAACAUUUCUACAGGAGCUGGUGGGGUUAAUCAAAUUUUCCAUAGGACCAAUUGGGAUUAGUCAAACUUUCAUCAGAAGAAGAUGGGCUUCGUCAUAAUUUUUGCAGGAGCCAGGGAGAAUUCGUCAGACUGCAUGAGCAGCUGGGAUUAGUCUGACGUUCUGCAUGCUCGUGUGGGAUUAGUCAAAAUGUUCUGCAAGAGCAGGUGUGAUUAGCCAAAAUCUCUGCAGGAGUAGUUGGGAUUGGUCCAGCUUUCUGCAAGAGUGAGCAGGAAUUGUCAAACUUUCUGCAGGAGCAGGUGGGGCUGGUCAAAUUUUCUGCAGGAGUGAACAGAGUUGGUUAAACCUUCUGCAGGAGUGAGGGGGAUUAGUGAAACUUUAUGUGAGAGCAGGUGAGAUGACUCAAACUUUCUUCAGGAGCAGACAGGACUGGUCAAACUCUGUAGGAGCAUGUGGGACUAGUCAGACUUUCCGCAGGAGCAGGUGGGAUUAGUCCCACUCUCCACACGAGAUUGUGGGAUUAGUCACACUUUCCCCACACCUGUUGAUUAGUCUGACUCACGUACUAGUUUGUGGGGUUAGUCUUAUUUUACAUAUGAGCGAGUGACAUUGGUCAAACUUGUCACAUAAUAAAUUGGGAUUAGUCUUACUUUUCAUCUGAUUAUGCGGAAGUAGUCCCACUCACCAUAUACAUAUAUGGGAUUAGUCCCACUUUCCACAUGACUAUGUGAGAUUAAUCUCACUUUUCACAUGAAUAGGUGGGAUAAGUCCCACUUUCCAUGUGAUUGAGAGGGAUUAGUCCCACUUUCCACAUGAGUAGGUGGGAUUUGUCAUACUUUCCACUGGAGCAGGUGGGAUUAGUUAUACUUACUGAAAGAGCAAGCCAGAUUGGUCAAACUUCAUAAGGAGCAGACGGAAUUAGUCAAACUACCUAUAGGAGCAGGCAGGAUUGGUCAGAAUUUGUUUGGGGCAGGAUUAACAACAGUCCCGUGCACACCUCUACCCCUGUAAUUCCAUGUCCUUUAUAGUAAAAUACAGCACUUACCUCCCUCUUCAACUGUUUAGACUAAAUUCAGGAGAGGGACCAUUAAGAACAGCGUCAGAUAAUGCAUUCUGUUUAUCCUGCAUCUUAUUGCUUCGGCAACACAUUUUAUUUGAUAUCAUGUAGAUUCCAGAGUGUACAGUGAAGCUGGUUUACAAGGUGAAUGAGCUGGCUGUGGAUUCGAUUUAACGGCGCGCUAAACUAAGCUGAGCAGCGUAACCUAAAUGAGUGUCCCAUGUGAUCCUGGGUAUUUUUCCUAAAGUGUCUGUUAGCUCACAAACCCAUAGACAUAUAGCUUCAUGGUAAAUCCUCCUGUCUAACUGUGAACAUGAGUGAGAAAAAAGGUGAGUGUAAAUGUAAAGGUUGAGCUUUUUAAACUGCAUUUAAUGUGUCACACAAGGCCACUGUGAGACAGUGAAGCCAGGAAAUAAAGUUGAAUUUUGCAGGUUUAUGCAAUGAUGCAAUUUGGGUACCCUGGAAGAAAAGUUGCACUAAAGAACACAAUUCUGUAUCUGAUGGUGAAUGUAAAAAUAACAGCGAAAGAACUGACAAUGAAUGAGAACAACGACGAUGGUAAUGUUUGUAUUUAAAAUAAACUGGCUCUGGGAAUAAAGAUGGUUUGAGAAAAUGCUUGAAA